AUGCUGCCCCCGCCCAGGAGAGACCUGAGCCGCGAGCGCCGUCGCGACGUCAAGCGCGAGUCGUCCUCCUCCCACUCGCGCGAGCCCCCCGACCGCGACCACGCCGCCCCCCAGUCCGCCGCCGCCAGCAACCACGGCCAGCAGGAAGAGGGCGCCUCCUCCACCUCCGAUUUCGUCAAAAAACUCUUCAAGAUGCUCGAGGACCCCGCCAUCGCCCACGUCGUCAGCUGGGGCCCCGCCGGCGACUGCUUCGUCGUCAAGGACAUGAACGAGUUUACAAAGUCGAUCCUCCCGCGCAUGUUCAAGCACUCCAACUUUGCCUCCUUUGUCCGUCAGCUGAACAAGUACGACUUUCACAAGGUGAAAAACACCGACGACAACCAGUUCGGCGAACACUCCUGGACCUUCCGCCACCCUGACUUCCACGCCGACCGGCCCGAGGCCCUCGAGAACAUCAAGCGCAAGGUCCCCACCCAGCGCAAGUCCACCGGCGGCGGCAUCCCCUCCUCCUCCCACAAGGCCCAGUCCGGCUCCCCCGGCCCCAGCGCCGAGGGCUCCUCCUACGAGCGCAUCUCCAUCCUCGAGAACGAGGUCGACCGCCUCCGCCAGACCAACGACGACACCAUCCUCCGCCUCCGCGACCUCGAGGCCCGGUACGAGACCGUCCUCGCCGAGAUCGUCGGCUUCCAGCGCAACAUGGCCCAACAGGACUCGGUCAUGAAGGACCUCAUCCAGUACUUUCUCAAGAUCGAGAGCGACGCCCAGCGCCUCGUCGGCGCCCCCUACACCGAAUCCGAGGUCGCCCGUGCCUCCCUCCUCCAGAUGAACGAGAUCUCGCGCCGGGCCGAGAGCGCCGGCAUGUCCUUCCAGCUCGGCGGGGGCGCCGCCCACGCCCGCGAGCGACAGGAGGCGAUCGAGCGCAUGCAGGAACUCCAGCGCCGCGCCGAAAACUCGGUCGCCUCCACCUCUUCAGCCGCCGCCGCCGGUCCUUCCUCCUCCUCCUCCUCCGCCGCCUCUGGCCCGACCGCCUCCAACGGGAUGGACGGCUCCGAGCCGUUUCUGAUGCCGAGCGGCGCGGAGCAGGAGGGUCUGCAGGUCUUCACCGUCGGCUCCCUCCUCCCCCGCAGCCAGGUCGACGACCCGAACGGCAACUGGACGUUCGACGCGGGCGGCGAGCUCAUGCGCCCGCCGAGCAAGCUGCGCGUCCGGCGGUCGACGUUCGUCCCCGGCUGGGCCGUCCCGCCGCGGGUCCUGCUCGUGGACGACGACGCGGUGACGCGCAGGCUGUCGAGCAAGUUUUUGCAGGUGUUCGGGUGCACGACGGACGUGGCCGUCGACGGCGUCUCGGCCGUCAACAAGAUGAACCUCGAAAAGUACGACCUCGUGCUGAUGGACAUCGUCAUGCCCAAGCUCGACGGCGUCUCCGCCACGUCCCUCAUCCGCCAGUUUGACCACAUGACCCCGAUCAUAUCCAUGACCAGCGCGAGCAAGCCGAACGAGAUCAUGACGUACUAUUCCUCCGGGAUGAACGAUAUCUUGCCCAAGCCGUUCUCGAAGGAGGGCCUGCUGGAGAUGCUCGAGAAACACCUGAUGCACCUCAAGGUCUUCCAGCAAAUGUCGGGCAAGGCGCUCAACCUCCCGACGACCAACCCCGCGGACGCGAUCACGGACGGCUCCGCGGGCGGCGGCGCCGGCGGCGCGUCCGUCGUCGUCGGCGGCAAGAUCAACCCGCUCCAGGCGUUCGGGAUGACCGAGGAGCAGUACGCGGCGUUGCUGACGACGAUGGUCAGCGAGGACUCGUUCGGCGGCGAUCGCGGCGCCGGCGGGAUGAACAAGCGCGCGCUCGAGAUGGAGAUGGACGACGGCGAGGGCCGGGACGGCAAGCGCGGCCGGUUCGAGGAGGUGGCGUGA